ACGUAGGCGCAUUCCACACAAAUAGAGAGAUAUAUUCCAGAGCACGAGUACAGAAGCUCAGCUCAUUAGACUAAAGGGGUCCCGAAAGUCACCGUUGCUGAGGAGAACUGGUGAGUAACGAUUUCCUGCUGGGCUAAUUCUACUCUGCCGUUAAUCGUUUUUUUUUUCCCCCCCAAUUCUUUCGGACUCCAGGGCUGAUUAUGAAUGUUUCCGCGCACAUUUCCGACACGUACGUGGAGUAGCCACAGCGUAUACACCAAAAACAAUCUUCAAACAGUAUAUAGGUAAUAGAAAUUGGAAGAGCAAAGCCUAAACAGUGCUCCCAAUCAAGGUGGUCGUGACCUACGGAACAUACGCCUAAAUACACGCGCGCUUGUAUGUUUACAAAAGCGAUGGCAACAUUGUGUGGUCCGUGGUCCGGUUUUCACGGUUUCAGUCGCGAGCGGUGUGUUUGCUGUUCAUCUAAAGUGGCAGCUUUCUGUACAGAUAGCACAAAGCAGACAAAUGUUGUUCUUUUUCGGGGCAAUUGAAAAAGGAAAGAACAUUGGAAAGAAAAACAAAAAAAAAAAAACUAAGCUAACGACAGCUUAUGCAAAGUGCUCUUUCUUCUCCUUUCUGCUCUUCGUCACAUAUUAACUGCCAUAUGCCUGGAUAUAGCCUGCUGAAAGAAUUGUGUGUGCCUAUUUAAAACGCUGUCAUUUUUCUAGCAAUUCAUGAGCGAUAUCGACAGAGGAAGAGACGGCGUACCCAAAGACGCAUGCGUGAUAUCAGUCCCACCGUUUGGUUUCUAGGGAAAGAGUCGUCACGCGGAGGUCGUGAACGCUGUGCAGGCGCAAUGGGAAUUCUCGCCACUUCGAUCACAAACGACUCUAUCAUUAUACCAAUGGGAUUUUAUGUUAUCGGAUUUACGGAUUUAAAAUUUGCCAAUUUAUAUAUAAUUUUCCUCAGCUUCAUUUAUAUUGAAACGGUUUUGUGCAACUCCUUUAUAAUUUCCAUCAUAUGGAUGGACCAUCGCCUGCACACUCCAAAGUACAUCGCGGUGGCUAAUUUAGGGGUUGUUGACUUGAUGUGUAGUACAUCCUUUAUUCCUAGUGCGAUUAAGACUGUUGUCACAAAAGAUACCUUCAUGUCCUACAAUGCAUGUUUGACACAGAUGUUUUUUUACUAUUGUUCUGUAGCACUAGAGUCAUUUUCCCUCGGUGUACUUGCCUAUGACAGGUUAAUUGCGAUAUGCUUCCCAUUGAGGCACAGUUCCAUUAACACUCUCACAAGCAUAAUGAGUAUUUUAGCGAUUGUUUGGUCAUUUUCCAUGAGCAUCAUGGUGUUCAUGGUCUUGAUCUUGUUAAAACUGUCUUUUUGUGAUUCACUUACUGUGCACAACUUUAUCUGUGGGUACGCAGCUGUGUCCAGUCUAUCGUGCAAUGAUUAUACACUGCAAUGGGCAGCUGGCUCUUCCUUGAGUAUAGUGAUCUUGUUUGGGCCCCUUAGUUUUAUCGUCGUGUCAUACGGCUGGAUUUUAAGAGUCGUGUUUAGAAUGAAAACAGUGGAGAGCAGGUACAAAGCACUGGCAACCUGCACAGAGCAUCUCACCGUGGUGGCCAUUUUCUACGUGCCGACCAUAACGGUGUACAUCAUUGAGCUUUUCUUAUUUCACAUGCAUCCAAAUGUCAAAAUGGUGAACCAGUCAUUAGCCUCAUGCAUCCCGGCUUGUCUGAACCCCAUCGUGUAUACCCUGGCGACCAAAGAAAUCAAGAACAGAAUACUGGCUAUGCUGCAGAAAUUCAGAGCAGCAUCGUGGGCAGGGCAGCCAUACAGCCGAAGGUUGCAGUAAAUUUAGAUUUACACAAAAGUCACUGGAGCAACUACAAAACACAGGUCUGAUAAGGUGCAAUAUUAUGCAAGUUAUUUAUAGUCAUGAAAAAAUGUCUCCAUAUGAACUGUGAUAGCAUAUCUAUAAUAAAGCAUUUAGUCUU